AUGGGGACGAGACGAGUGGACUGUGAUGCAUUGGCGACUGUUUAUAUCCCAACAACAACCAAGGCGAGCACUAUUGAUGCAGAAAAUCUAUCGAGUGAGGUCAUCGAUACAAUCGCCAGCCGCUGGAAAUCAUUCCCGGCGGACACCGCCGAGAGUUUCGAGAAGAACUCAGACCCUCUCGACCUGCUCAGACUCAAUGAGCGCUGA